ACGAGAGUGUAAAAAGAAACUAGUACACAAAGAAAAUUCUUGGUGUCAACAAACGCCAGGAUGUCUUGUUGUAAAUUUCUUAUCUGGAUUUUUACAAUCCUGUGUAUGUAUGCUUCAAUUGUUGGAAGUAAAGAACACAUUAAAAGGAUAGAAAUAAAAGCAUUAAUACCAUUGAAUGUCUGCGAUUUAAAAGACUUGGUACCUUACCAUAAUGAAGAAGACACUAUACAGUGUUCUACAUUUCAAAGAAGAUUUGGCAGAUAUUUGUUCCCAAAUAACUCGCUUUGCCAUUUGACGAAAAAUGAAACAGUUAUUCAAUACCAUUGCGUAGAAGGGUCUUGGAAACCUUCAAAAGGAACAGUGCCAGACUCUCAUAUGCGACCAAAACGAUUUUUUUUUCUUAUUGGACUGUUUGCAGGUUUAGCUACACUUAUUUAUUGUAGUUUAGAAUCAUGUGAAAGACAAAGGGUAACUCCUAAAGAGCUGAAACCACCAAAAUAUACAGUAUGUCCUCCCCCAGAUAUUAAAAAACUUUAUAUAGCCGAGAGAAAACAGACGACGGUAAAAGUGACUUGGACGGAUCCUACUGCAACGGAUGACAAAGAAAUCAUUUCAAAUAAACAGACUGGCGGUGUUUUAAAGGGAGGUUGGUUUAAAGGAUUACCAAAAGGAGGGCAGCGUCAUAACAUCAUCUAUACUGCCAAAGACGGCCAUAAACUAACAGCCACAUGCAGAUUUUCGUUUAUAGUUAAAUACUUGACAUGUACGGAACCUCAUACACCAACUAAUGGAAGGAAAGUUUUGUGUUUGGACGGUUAUAUAUAUGGUGGAGGGUGUACGUUUGAGUGUUUUGAAGGAUACGAAAUGGUUGGCAGUAGCAUGGCGAUAUGUCAGCAGGACGAAACGUGGGAUAAUUUACCAAUAUGUAAAAGGAAACCAUGCAACACUCCAUUUAGCAUUGCUAAUGGAAUUGUAAAGUGCAACAAUACCAAUCAUAAAUUUGGCGAUGUCUGUCGGAUAUCUUGUAACGACGGAUAUAAUUUAAAAGGACCACCGAAAAUGACAUGUCGAUCGGAUAAGACAUGGUCUGUCAAAAGCAACGGUGUCAGAUGCGUUGAUAAUAUCCCCCCUGUCAUAACUUGCCAAAACCUUCAAAUAUUCUACGCUGAUCGUGGAACUUUUGAAACAUCUGUCACAUGGGCCGUUCCAACGGCUACUGAUAACGUUGAUGCGCAUCCUUCCGUAAUACAAACAUCUGGUCCUGCACUAGGAAGCAUUUUGUCUGAGGGUUUACAUCCGGUGAAUUAUAAAGUCACAGACAGAGCUGGUAACUCAUUCCCAGCACUUUCUGAAUGUACUUUAGUUCUGGAAGUUAAAGUGAUUAAAUGUGCCACCGGUCCUACGGAUGCUUUAUAUGACCCCCGUUUCAUGAUGUACAACUGCAGCGAUACGUCAUUUUAUAAUGGUGUUUCCUGUUUACUUGACUGUGAUCUUAACUUGCCAUUAAAUGGAACAAAUCUUGUAACUUGUGAACAAGAUGGAAAUACUGACAAAGGUAAAUGGAGCUGGGGAUCUGAACACCAACCGUUCUGUGAAGUUGUGGAAUGUCCCGCUGUCGAACCGCCUACACAUGGAAGUUUAACGACUGACUCUAUAAACGCUCGACCUCUUCACAUCAUGUCUUGUCAAAAAGGAUAUGAUAUUCCGUCUGUGGGAACACAAUUCACAGGGAGACUCUCCUGUCAAGAUAGUGGAAAUUGGUAUCCCUUAGACGCUUUUCCUGACUGUAUAGUUUCGAUUCUACCUUGGUUAAAUCUACCUAUGGAAUUGUACUAUGACGGAGACUGUAAUGACAAUGAUACAAAAACACAGAUAAAAGAACAGGUUUUAGUCUACUUAUCCGGAGUAGAAGCUGAUGUCGACAAUUUUAUAUGUCCCGACAACAACACAUGCAAAAUAGAAAAUUUAGAUGUCGUCUGCGGUGAAACUGCAAGUAGAAAACGGAAAUCUGCCUCUUCACAUAUAAUAUACAAACGAAAUGCUUAUGGUUUAAUAAGCUUCAAUAUUAUGAAAAGAUGGAUACAGGGUGAUGAGUCAUUACAGGACGCUUAUAUUAAUAUUCUUAGUGACCUGAACAGUAUUGCAAAUAAAAUAGAGCAAGAUGCUUACAAUGGAGUUAUUCAUAACAUAACGGAUUUAACGUUACCUGAUGAUGGUGUGCAGAGGGGAACCGCGGAUUUAUUUUGUAAUCCUGGAUACAAAGUUGAUAGAGGAACUUUGUCAUGUAAGCCUUGUCCUCCUGGUUUUUACAUGGAUUCGUCCACAGGAAACUGUGAGUUCUGUAAGAAAGGGGAAUAUAUGAACCACGAAGGAGCUAGCCAAUGUGAUAUGUGUCCGGAAGGCUACAGUACAUUAUCUACAGGCACAAAAGACAUUAGCAAGUGCAUUAAGUUAUGCAACCCUGGAUAUAUUUCCAGUACAACUAUGGAACCAUGCUCAGCUUGUCAAAUCGGUACUUACCAAUCGGAAAAGGGUACAUCUAGCUGCCUCUCAUGUCCAGCUGGAAAAGCCACUAAUAAAACAAGCAGUAUCUCUGCCGAUGAUUGCGACUUCUUUGAUGUAUUCGUAUAUGGCUUAGCCGAUAGGACUAGCAUUGGGUCUUUCAAAACUGACAAAAUGUCGAUUUUUUCAAUGUCUGUUUGGUUGAAAGUACAUGAUGACAUUAAUGAAAAUGUGAGAAUAUACAUUGGUGAUUCCAACGGCGAUAUUGCAACUCUGCGAGUAGAAAGUGAAAUCUCGAUACAAGUUGAAUCAGGUUAUGUUACCUUAACUAGUGCAAGGUUGUCAUCCACCCAUUGGACUCAUGUGGUUGUAAAAAUUGAUAUUGCAUCCAGCACAUUGCAGUUAUACGUUGCAGGGUCAUUGGAAGUGGAUGAGGCGGGAAUUACUAUUGAUUCAUUUCGGACAUUUUCGGAUGGCACUAUUGAAUUAAUUGCUAAUUCUAAUGGGUUGUAUGUUUCGGGAUUGGUUCUGUAUAGUCGUGCACUAAGUGAAGAUGAUAUUACGUCAUUAUCUCAGACAUGCGCAGUAAAACACACCGAUGAAGUAUUUUCAAUGACAGAAAUGUUACCAAAUGUUAAAGACGGCAUUGCUAUAAUAACACCAACCUCAUGCGACCCGCUUGACGAAUGUGCAAACAAUCCGUGUGGGGAUCAUACUUGCGUAAACAUGGUAAACGAAUUCUUAUGCAUUUGCAACGGAGGAAUGACAGGGGAGUUAUGUAAUAUACCACCAGAUUAUUGCAUAAAUAACCAGUGUAUUCAAGGUUAAUGUCAGUCAGGCAAUGGAACGUAUAGAUGUACUUGUAAUAACGGAUAUAGUGGAGUGUUUUGUGACAUACCUCCGGUAAAUGGAGGCUGGUCUCAUUGGGGUGAAUGGAGCGGAUGUGGCGUCACCUGUGGCGGUGGUUUUAAUUCUAGAUCAAGGAAUUGCAACAAUCCAAACACAUCUCCAAAUGGCAAAUAUUGUGAAGGAGAUACCAAAGAAUCCAUAACUUGUAAUUCCAAAGCUUGUAGAACUUGCCUACAAUUAAAAAGAAAGUUUGGUACAAUAGUCAACUGCCGCAAUGUAUCAGCAACGUUACAGAAAUGUAAUUUGACCUGUCUUCCUGAUCGAGCAUUGGCAAAUGGACAAACAGCCUUUGUUGAAUAUACAUGUGGUGAUUCAACAAACCACGCAUGGCUUCCAACUGAUAAAAUUCCAGAAU